AUGCAAAACUAUGCCACAAUCAUGCGACCCCAGUCCAGCCCAGACAAAGACGGAUCGUAUGUCAUCGCUCGCCCGCUUAGGCCGUCUACCAAACUUCCGCUGGUUGACAUUGCCGGAGAUACCGGAAAGUUUGUGGCAGCGAUCCUUGCCCAACUGGACAUAUUCCAAGGUAAAACAUUCUCGGGCGCGACGAGGCUAUACUCGAUGGAGGAGCAGGCUGCAAUCAUCAGCGUCGCAACAGGCAAAGGUGUCAAAUACCUCGAGGUAUCGCAGGACGUUUACAGGUCUUUCUUGCCACCAACGGCGCAGGAUGAGUUGCUUCAGAUGAUGCUCUAUCAGCAAGAGUUUGGGUACUAUGGACCUCACACUGAGGCCGAAAUCGCCUGGUCUGUCGAGAAUGCAAGAGGGAAUCCCACAAGCUUCGAAGCAUUCCUGAGCACACAUCUCCUCAUGCUGGAAUAA